AUGCCGAGGAAGAAAUCUACCGGUGACGCUGAUGCAGCUGUAGAGCCCAGAAGAAAAUCAGCCAGAUUGACAGAGCAGAAACCACCUGAGCCUGCUGCGCCAGAAAAGAAAAAGACUCCAGCUAAAGCAAAGAAGGUGAAAGAUACAAAGGCCAAGCCAAAAGAGAAGGAGCCUGAGGUGGAAGAAGAAGAGGAGGAAGCACCUGCCCCAGCAGAAAACGGAGACUCUAAAGCUGAGGAGGCUGCACCAGAGGCCGAGGCUGAAGCUGACGAGAAAGAAGAUGGAGCUGAGGAGGAGGAUGACGAAGAAGAGAAAGCGGCUGAAUAA